AUGUUGAAAAAGCUUAAAAUUAGCUUCCAUCGUCGCCAUUCUGCCGGGAAGUUCUUCAAGGAAAGAAGGUAUUUGCUGAAAGAAUUUCCGGAGCUUAUUCGCAUUAGCGAUCCCGUCAAGGUCCUUAAGGUGGGAUGUGGAAAUGGGAGCACUGUCCUUCCUAUCUUACGUGCAAAGCAGAAUAUUACAGUCUAUGCUUCCACUGGAAGUGCUAUUUCUCUAGUGCCUCGGUUCUUCACUUUCUUGCUUGAUGUCUCUGUAAAUGAUUUCCCUGAUUGGUUAUUCUACACUUCUUGUAGAAGGAAUUCAUCUCCAGAGUCAGCUAAUUUCUCAUCAGAUUCUAGAGGAGAAAACUUGGAAAUGUCACACAUGUCAGCCUUCUUAAGAGAAGAUCAGUGUUGCAUUGGUGGAGUUGAUUUCGUAACAAUGAAACAUAUCUGCUACCAACAAUUUCUGAGAUUGAUAGAUUGCCUCCAUCACUGUAAACGUAAUAAUACUGAUUUAGAGCACUGGGGGCCUUUUCUGCAUUCGCUUCUAGCUGAAUAA